CAGGCCCGCAAGACGACCACGCUCAGUCACCGCCCGCCGCAGUGGAUGUGUGCUGUGGCUGCGAAGUCGUAAAUGAACUAAAUUGGAAAAGAAGAAAAACAAUAACAAUUCAUGCAGGAAAAUUCUGGAACUGGAAACUUAAAACUAUGUGAAGGAGGACAAAUAUCAAUACACAUUCAAAAACACAAGAAUAAAAUUAAACGUGAUUUGCCGAACAAUAUUUCCAGUGAGCAACACAAAAUGGCUCUUUAAAGUCUCUCUCUCUCUCUCUCUCUCUCUCUCUCUCUCUCUCUCUCUCUCUCUCUCUCUCUCUCUCUCUCUCUCUCUCUCUCUCUCACCCUGAUCCCUUUACUCUCUUUCCCUCUCUUCCUAUUCCUUCCAUUCACCUACCACCCCAUCACCCCAUCGCUCCCACUAAUACCCAUUCCCAUCAUGUUUUCCGACGUCACCAUGGGAGAAGUGAUGGGCUUAGGGGGCGGCAUGGGAGGGGCUGAGCGGUCGUGGCCGGACAUGCUGGGGGGGCUUAUGAUGGGAGGAGAACCUGCUGGGGAUCUGGUGAGGACUGGAGCCCCUAACAUCAUCUGCACAGUUCUUCCUCCCCACUGGCGCUCCAACAAGACCCUCCCCAAUGCUUUCAAAGUGGUGUACCUGGGCCCGGUGCAGGACGGUACAGUGGUGACGGUACGCGCAGGUAACGACGAGAACUGCUGCGCUGAGCUUCGUAACAACUCAGCGAUUAUAAAGGACCAGGUGGCGAAGUUUAAUGACCUGCGCUUCGUCGGCAGGUCAGGCAGAGGUAAAAGUUUUCUCCUGACCAUCACCAUCAGCACCUCUCCCCCACAAGUGGCGACCUACAACAAGGCGAUCAAGGUGACGGUGGACGGCCCUAGGGAACCCCGCUCAAAAUCACGGUGCGGCGGGUUCCCGUGGAUGGGGCGCCCUUUCCUGCCCCCCCUCGACCCCCUCAGAGCCGCCGACCCCCUCAGCGCCUCCCUCGCCUUCAAGUACAAUGGAGUGAUGGAGACAGCCUGGCCCGGAUACUCCCCAGCCUCCCCUUACCCUCCCCACUACCUCGGAUCCUCCCUCCCAGCCUGCCCCUCCGCCGCCCAUCACUCCCACCUCACUCCCACCCUGCCGCCCACCUCGCAGCGGGGCGCCCCUACACAGGAGGCGGCAGCGGCGGCGGCGGCAGCAGCAGCAGCAGCGUCCAGUAAUCAUCUAAGUUUGCUAUCGGAGCAGCUGGGCGCCUCCGACCGCCUCCUCGCAAUGCCCAAGGACUUCCUGGCGCCCGCCGCCGCCGCCUCCGUCGCCACCUCCCUCGGGAUUCUGGGAGGCGGCAUGCUGGGGAGUGGGGCGGGGCUGCUGGGGGGCGGGGCUAGUGUGUCAGGCAGCCAGUCAGCGGGGGGCGGUGCAGGGGGUAUACUGGGAGGGGAGGAGGGAGGGAAGGGAUGUACUUAGCCCCUCCCCUCCUCCCCGCCUCCCUCAUCUACUCCUCCCUCUGCUCCGGACUGCCUCCCCACGCCACGCCUCCUGUCUCCACGCCCCCGCCCACACGGGAUGACAUUCACAGGGGCACUUCAUCCUCCUCGUCCUCCUCCACUUCCCUCCCGCCGCUGGGGGCGCUUGGGAGCCUCACAUCCCUGGCGUCGCAGCCCCCACACCGCCCCCCCGAUCCUGUGUGGCGGCCAUAUUGACGCCUGCCUGUGGGUGUAGGUGACCGCCAGCCCCUGAAGAACGUGCGUGAACGCCCUGACCUCCUGAACGCCCCUGCCAGAAAGUUCAGCUGACCUCGGCGUGACCUCGGCCCCUUGUGACCCUGGUGCGGUGCCAUAGUUUGUAUUCAUUUUUUUCAUAAGGCGGAACUACUUAAAUCAUUAUACCGUGUCCUAAUUACAGGUGACGCCAAAUAAAGCCAUCGCUGUCACAUCACCAAGUCACCACCACACACCUGGAAAGGCAAUUAGAGACAGCAAAGUGCGUUCAUGGUACGUCACUCCCUCCCAUCACACCUUCGUUACAGGUGACGCCAGGGAAACCCCGUAACACACCACUACGUGACCAUCACACCUGGGAGACCAAUUAUCCAACACGGUGCAUCGCCUUCACCUGUCCUCGUAGUUUACAUCGAGCGGGUUUCGAACUGGUGACGUUUGACUCUGAACUUUACCAAUGAGCCAGCUUCCCUGUCUCCUGUCCUGGUGGCUCUGUGAUGUUCACAUUGCUGCAGUGGAGGCUAAAACUUCGGGAAUCAUAUCUAGGUAAAGGUAAUUUAACAAUGGGAGAAGCAGAGCUCUCUCUUGUAACGCCAUAAUGACUUGGCGUCCUAACUCAUCUUAUUUUCUUAACCGCCUAAGAAACACACUCUUAACUCAAAAACCAUAAAUAUACUCAUAAACGCACACAAGACUUCAUCAAAACUCGGAAAAAGUGGAGGAAAUUAACACACAUUGUAAACUUAAGAAUAUACACGCAGCCUGAAAACCAAGACAAAUAAGUUGGGUAAAUCAAACAAUAUUGAAAAAGGAAACAUCAUAAAACAUUCUCAACUUAACAAUAAUAUGCAAAGCUAAAUUACCACUUAUCAGAACAAUACGAACAUGAAAAGAAAAGAAAAGAUUGUUAAAGAAAAUUAAGAAAGAAAAUGGAGUAACUUUUAUCAUGAGAAUGCAGACCAUACAAGACACCACCAAGAUAUUUCAGGUGACGCGACAACUGCAGCAACUUAAUUAACGGUAGCAAAAACAUGAUUCGAUCCAGAAAAUAAGAAAAAUUAUCAACAUGAGAGGAAAAAAAGGAGAGUGAACAGUAUAAGGGUGACGAAAAAAAACAAGGGUGGGAAAACAGUGGAAGGAAGAGAUCCAUGAAACAGAAGCAUUGAAACUAUAAACAAUGAAACUAAAUACCCAACCAAACAAAAAGACAAGAUAAUUUAGAGAAUGAACGAAACAAUCAAGCUAUGGAGAACGAAACAACGAACCCCACGAGUAACGAAAGUAUUAUACAAUGAAACUAUGAACAAUGAAACUAAAACUAUAAACAAAAAAGACGUGAAUUAAUUAGAUAAAGAACGAAACAAUCAAGCUGUAGAGAACGAAACAACGAAUAACAAAUAACGAAAGUAUUAUACAAUGAAACUCUGGACAAUGAAACCACUAAACAAUGAACAAUAAAUCUGGCUUGCUGAAACGAGAAAAAAAGGAAGAGAAAGAAAUAUAAUGACUCUUCGUGAAACAAUCAAAGAAACAAUAACUUAAACAACCAAACAAUCUUAACUACGUGAGUGCAACAGUGCCUUUAUUUAUAUAUAUACGUGUAUGCAACGAGUACUAUUAAUACUGUUAGUUUGUUUGUUCACUUGUUUUCCUAUAUGCAGUGUGUGUGUGUGUGUGUGUGUGUGUGUGUGUGUGUGUGUGUGUGUGUGUGUGUGUGUGUGUUAAUGUUAAGAAAGAUGCAUACAUCAAAAUGUCUAUUGGAAUACAACGUUAUUUAUAAAAUCAACCUUUCUUUUAUACUUGUCACCUAAUUUCGAGCAGUAUAAGAAGUAGCAGUAGUAGUAGUAGUCGUAGUAGUAGUCGUAGUAGUAGUAGUCGUAGUCGUAGUCGUAGUAGUAGUAGUAGUAGUACUGAAAAAACCAAGACCACCACCACCACUACCGCCACCAUCACUACCACUAACACCACCACCACCACCACCACCACCUCUACCACCACCGUCUCAAUGACACUCAUCCAUUACUACACCUGCGUGCUAAAGGUACUUAGAAAAAAACUAAUUUGCCUUGUGACUGACUCGACUUAACUGACUUACAGCCUGACUCACCGAGAGAGAGAGAGAGAGAGAGAGAGAGAGAGAGAGAGAGAGAGAGAGAGAGAGAGAGAGAGAGAGAGAGAGAAAUGCCAAGAAUGCUCAGGUAAGAUUUCAAGGUGCUGAUAAGUAUGAUAAUGACGAUAAUGAUGAUGAUGAUUAUAAUAAAAAAAACGACGAUAACAACAAUAAAUUACAAACACGAAGAAAAAAAAGAAAAAGAAGAACGAAAAAUAAAAUACUAACAAUAACAAGAAAAUGACGCGUAUAAAAAACAACACAAACAACGAAGACGAGGGAAACAAACUACAAUAAAGAGGAAUAAGGAGAGAAAGAGAGGGGGAGGAGGUAGAGGAGGAAAGUAAUUUGUCUCCAUCCCAAAUUACCUCCAUCGUUGGGAACAUUAGGGGCCAACUGAACCGACUAAUUUGCAUACGAAUGACU